AGCGCGUCCGCCCACAAAAGCCACAGCUAUCUACCCGUAUCUUCCCCCCCUUAAAAAAACCAAUUGUGCACGAAAAAAGGGAAUACGCGUGAAAUAAAAACACUGGUUACGGUUUGUUUUCGGUGCUUGACGGACGGCGACGAGGCGUCCCCUGCGUCGUCGCGCGGGAGAAACAGCGGCGCGAGGCAGGAGCAGAGAAGAGGGUGUUGUCCUGAUGCUUAAAUGGAAGUGGGUGGGCCUCCGCGGUCACACACUGACAACUUCUCUGUGGAUAUCUCUCUGACAAGCGCCAAUUUGCUCGUUUAUGGACUGUCUAUCCGGUAAAAGAGACGUACGACGGGGCUGCGAGAGGGCCGACGGGCCGGGGACGGUCACUGUGUUGUGGGUUAUUUCCGUUAUCUGCUUUGCUGCUUGAUUGUGCCUGCGCUUGGCACCGCCCUUCCUGGCCGGUGGGUGGUUUCGUCAAACGGGCAGAAUCCGCCACGGCCCAGCCGCCGAACAUAUAGGCCGUCCUCCGCCUCUGUACCCGGCCGGCCUUCUACCGUGAACUACACCCUCUCCCUCUCGGUAUAUUAAUGCGUUAUGAGUGACUCGAAGAAAGAAUCAUCUGGAACUGAAGGAGGGAAAGCAUCUAAAAAGGGGAAAAGUUCUGGAUCACAGGAUUCCUCUCAGCCCUCUCCAUUGGCUCUGCUAGCAGCCACCUGCAGUAAGAUUGGAGGGCAGGGGGGAACAGAGGUGGCCCAGACCCAGGCAGGGGCCCAGCAAAUUCAAGUCCAGGCUGGUCAGAUCCAGCUCCAGGCAGGUCAGCUCCAGGGCCAAAUAGUGGUGGACGCCGCUGGGGGUCAGGCCCUGGUGCCCCAGCAGCUAGAACUGGUCCCCGCUCAGUUCACGGGGAACGGCUGGCAGAUCAUUGCAGCAGCGCCAACUAUGGCCAAGGAGAACACCAAUCAGCCUGUAGCUGUGACGGUGGCCACCACAUUGGCCAAUGACAGCUCACCUGGUGGACGCAAGGUGAAGGCAGUAGGCGGGACCAACAGUGUUGUAGCCAGUCAACAGCAGCAGCAGCAACAGCAGCAACAGCAGCAGCAACAGUUCCAGAUCAUUCAGGUUCAGAACCUGCCCAAUACAGGUGGCGGGGUCCAGUAUCAGGUCAUCCCACACUUGCAGACUGCAGAUGGGCAGCAGAUCCACAUCAGUCCAGCCCAGACAACCUCCAUUGGGGCUUUACCGGAACAAGUUCAACUCAUCCAGACCCCAAGUCCAGGCCAGACCCCGACCAUCCUCCAGCCAGCUAACCAGCAGACCAUCUUGACAAGUACAGCCAAUCAAACAGUCCCGCUGCAGAUUCGCCCUGCCCAGUCUUUCCCACUUCAGCUGCAGACUCUGCAGGGCUCCCAGACUCCUGUUAUGACUACAGUACCCAUAAACCUUGGCGGCAUGACCCUAGCUUUACCUGUGAUUAAUAAUGUUGGAGGGGGUGGGGCUGUGCAGCUAAUCCAAUCAGCAGAUGGCACAUUUUCUGUUGCCAAUGGUAACCAGCUGGUGACAACAGCCGUGUCUGGAACGGCUCCUACCACAACUGGUUCGACAGUGGCGGUGCCUGAAGGUGAAAGCGUGUCUGAGGGGGCACAAGUGGUUUCUGCUGGAUCAGAGGGUGGAACAGCUGACACCCAAGCACAGAGCACUGAGGCGGACUCUCAAAGCCAGAACCAAGCUAAUGGGCUACAGAACCAGACAGAAACAGCAGGAACCAUCCAGCAGGUGAUCGUGGGCCAGGUCGGGCACCAGCUGGUGCAGCAGAUCCAGCUGCAGCCCCAAGCGCAGGGUCAGAGUCAGGCCCAGGGUCAGCAACAACCUCAGCACAUUCAGACCCUCCAACUGGCCCCAGGACAAACCUUGCAGCCCAUCCAGGCAUUCCAGAACCCUGCCCAGGUCCUUAUUCGUACCCCAACCCUGUCGCCUUCUGGACAGAUCACCUGGCAGACCUUGCAGCUGCCCGGCGGGGUGUCCCUGCAGGGCGGUCUGGGGACUGCCGUGCCACAGCAGCUGACACUGGCUCCAGUAGCCAGUGGGACAACAGUGGGGAGCGGAGGGCUGGUGUCCCUCAGUGGAGCUCCACUUACACUGAGCGCUGCCCAGAUUAACCCGGGGUCUGGGGUGCAGACGGUCAGCAUCGCAGGACUGGGCACUGCUGGGGUUCAGGUGCAGGGUGUGCCCCUCACUAUUACUGGUCUACAGGGUCAACCACAGGGUCAGGAUGGGGUCAAAGUUCAAUCGUCUCCUGUGACGGUCACCGUGGGCAACGUGGCAUCAGGCUCAGCGAUGAGUCCAGACCAGCUGGGCUCCGUUCAGAGCUCUUCGGACCAGGAGGGACCGCCAAGCAAGCGGCUCCGUCGGGUUGCCUGCUCUUGUCCGAACUGCAGGGAUGGAGAAGGAAGAAACAGUGGAGAUCCUACAAAGAAGAAGCAGCACAUCUGCCACAUGGAAGGCUGUGGGAAAGUGUACGGCAAAACGUCUCAUCUGAGGGCCCACCUGCGCUGGCACACAGGCGAGAGGCCCUUCGUCUGUAACUGGAUCUUCUGUGGCAAGAGGUUCACCAGGAGCGACGAGCUGCAGAGACACAGACGAACACACACAGGUGAGAAGCGUUUUGAGUGUCCUGAAUGCUCCAAGCGCUUCAUGCGCAGCGACCACCUCUCCAAGCACAUCAAGACCCACCAGAACAAGAAGGGCGGAGCCGCCGUGGCAAUUAUCACCACUGACGACAUGGAGGAAGAUGCCACCGAAGGCCUGGGCGCAUCCCCUCAGAUAGUCGCUGUGGGGACCCUCUCUCGUGACUCUGACCCAGCUACGCCCACAACUUCUAAUCACCUGGAGGAAGAGGAGGAGGAAGAGGAGGAGUUUGAAUAGGCAACACAUUUCCUAGGCUGGCUUCCUGUUUUUUUGGAAGUCUUUGCAGGGCCUGAAAGGGGUGGCUGCUUUUGUUUGUUUAGGUUUUGGGUUUUUUUGUUAUUUUCCAUCAUUUAAAAAAUGUCUCUUAUGAAAAGGGACUCAAAAGAGACAAGAUCAUGUGAUAAAGAGAAACCGAAUAAUAUAAACAACACAAUCUAAAAAAAGCUAACAUAUAAUAACAGAAACAUUGCAUUAUGUGUAAGAAAGACGAGUUUGACAUUUACAAACUGAAUCUAUAAGAAUUCCAUGCGCGGUGGGGGAAGUAUGUAAGACUUUGGGCCAGAUUUACUAAGGCAGUGUAAAUUAACAAGCCAUGAAAAUGCCAUGAAGGGAGUGGCCAAUUUUAGCACGGGAUCUAACAACGUACCAGUUAAUUUCAGUAAUGACCUGUACUGGUUUACUAAGAUGAGCGCAAAUUAGUGCAGAGCCAGACUGUGCAUAAACCACCUCAUGAGGGAGCAGAGAAUCAGCAGGAGGAGGAGUUUUCUGUGGUAGAGAUAAUGGAGUUAGUGGAUAAAUGUAAUGUAGCCUUAAAUACUAAAAUAGUGACUAAAAUACUUAGAACUGUUCGUAAAAGUAUAUCAGAAUAACUAUUGUGAGUAGAGAGGAGUGUUCCACAGAGGAUGCUAUUGCACAUGAUGCAAAGGACACACACAGAGAAGACACCUGUAGAACGCCACAGCAGUCACUCACUCCCAUAAUUCACAAACACACUGGUCAAAGCUGAGCACAGUAACACAGGAAUCAUUAUACGCUGUUUGCAUCGGUUACAGAACCAGGUAAAACACUGUAAAUGUCAUUGAGCUGAAGAGUUCAUGUGUUUCAUAUACUGGAACUGUUUUGUCACAAAGCCUCAAAACUUGAUGUGAAAGUAAAACCUUUGCUCGACUUCUUGUUAAGCCUCCUGGUGAUUUGGUAACGUUAUGACGUAAUUCACCACAGGACCAGGAAGAGGGUGAAAAUGUGGACUGUUUUGAUAAAGCCUUCCGCUGUCUUUUAUACACAUUUGUAAAAGUGAAGUAAAAUUCUCUCUCCUAAAACCUGCUGUUUGUUCUCAGCAGCGCCAUAACUAUCACAGCCACAUGAGACACAAAUGUGCUAUAACAUGUUUUUUAAAUUUUAUUUUAGAAUAAUGCAAACAGCAGUAAAGCGACAACCUUAAACAUUAAUGAUCCACUUAUUUCAAUAUUCUCCUCCCUGACAGGUAAGGUUCUACAAAUACAUGUGCAGUUCAGGCUGACGCUAAACAGUGUCCAGGCCUUUACAGGGUUACCUUUGAAAUGCACCUCAAGUCAAUCUUGACAAUAUUUUUUUUUAAACCCCCAAUAAGGGUUUAUACCGGCGUUAGUAAAUCUGGCCCUGGAUUAGCACAAGACAGGGGGACCUCCUGAAACGAAAACCAUUCAAACAUCAAGAGACAUUUUCUUAAUCGCAACAGAAUCUAUCUCUAUGCACAAAGUUGUGUUCCUGUUUCAUACACUUCAGACAGCGCUGAGGGUCAAUCAUGGUACAGGUGUGUUGCAAGAGCAGGGGCAGUCUUGGGAUAAGUGUGUGUGUGUGUUAGUUCAGUUUUGUGUGAACUGUAUGAAUGUAUAUUCCCAUGCUGCCGUGGAAAGGAUCUACCUAAUUUGAGUUUUAUUUAUGGUUCAGGUUUCGAAUCAGAUUCAGGUGUCGAUUUCUUUGUGACCAGUCAACGGAUAAACUGUUAUCGAAAAAGAGAGGGGAUAAUUCUAAAAAAAAAAAAAAAAAAAAAAAAAAAAAGUAGAAAAAAGCACAUAUAAAAAGAUUUAUAAAUAAUGCAUUCCUAUCGGUGCAGUGGCCAUUAGAAAUAAAAGGUUUCUAUAGAGAAAAACAAUCUAGCUUUCUACAACUUUGUUUGUGUAGUGAAAGCAAUACUAUAAUGACAAUCCUAGUGAAACCAUGUUUACAUUGUCAGGGGAAGUUUUUCUGUUCAUAAAAUAAGCCCUAAGUUCGCUCUGUGUUAAAGGGAAACAUCGAAUAGCAGUGCUGUUGUCGCAGUAAACCUUUGCAAAUACCGUCAUCAUAAUAUUGGUGCUGCAGCCAUUCGGUAGACAAUUGCAGCCGUGUUUGAUGUGAAUUCCGGGUUUUCCCUCCUGUUCUAAGACGUAAGUGCACCUACGGUAAGACGGCAAAACCGAAACCCGAUAAAAAUGAAAUAUUUGGGGGGUUUUUCAUCAUCUGUAUUGCUUGCAUAAUUAGACUUGUGUGUUUGCUUCAUCAAUGAGCAGAUUUGUUUGCAAUUAUUUGAGUUUUGUUUUUUCAAAGGCAGUAAUAAUAUAUGUUGCAAAUCAUGCAAAAAUGCUUAGUGUUUAAGUUGAAUACGACUAAAAAAAAAAACAACCCAUCAAAGCACCCAAGGCUCCACAAACCUGAGGGGAAAGCCCAGGGGGGGUUCUGUGCGACUGUUUACCAUCGGAUGGUUUUUGCACAUUUCAAAAUGGUUUAGUCUGACAACGGUACUGUCCCUGGUGUUACUUUUUGCUUCCUGUGCUCCAGUGACUCCCUCCCUCCCACACUCCCACUCCCACUCCCACCUCUAACCCUGCUAAUGUGACCGAUGUACCACAAUUGCCUUAACACAAGCUGUUGUACAGAGGGAACUUCAGAGCGAGGUGGAUGGAGACACAACACAAGGGGGGAGGGGGGUUGUGUGUUAUGUAUGUGUCGGUGCGGGUCACACACACUCCAACAUGCCCCGAUGACACCACACACACACAAACACACUUUUGGGUGGAAUGGGGGGGGGGGCAUACACGGGGAGCAGAGCUGGGGUCCAUUUGGUGAAAGAGAGAGUGAUACGAGCGGUGGGUGGGAGUGGGUUGGGGUAUUUAGCUAUGUGGAUAUUUUGAGCUGUUUUCUGGUGGUGUUGCUCUGUAUUAGUUCAGUGCGUACAUUCUUUUGAAAUUUAAAGAUACUUUUAUUUUAUAGAGUUUAUCCGUUUUUAAAAAAAAAAGUCCCCUUGCGUUACGUUAACACACAGGACCCCACUGUGUAUGGCUAACUUAUUAUUUAUCCUUGAUUUGUAAUAUUUGCCUUUUGCUGGACUUGUAUUUGUGUGAGUUGAUUCUGAAGUUGUGUACAGCAUGUUUCAGUUUUUUGCCGUAGUGCUGCUUCUCUCUUCUUUACUCUUUGUGCUUCUACUUUCUUUUCUACGUCUGAUCAUUGCUGUUCAUUUCUUCUUCUUCUCUUCGCGCCAUAAAAUGUGUUUUUUGACAAAUGAAACAACAAAAAAGAGGAAGAAAGCAAAAAAGUAACUAUCGUUUAAAGUUUGAAAAAGGUUGAUACCAAACAAAUUUAGAUGUUUUUGGUAAUAUUUUGUGUGACGACCAACUUUUUUUCUUUGAUAUUUUGUAGUGACAUCUCAUUUGUAAAUCUUUUUCUAAAGAUGUUUGUUCGUCUCCAUGACAUUUGAUAAUGGUUUUUUGCCAGGUUAGCCUCAAAGGCUCCAGUUUAUUGAUAUUUUUAAAACUGGUUUGUACAAAGGUGUUAUGUCAAUUUAAAAGAAAAGAGGAAAAAAGGACAACUUCAAGGAGAAAAAAUGCUUUGCCUGCAUAACACUUACAAUAAAGUGAUUAAAAUGG